AUGGAAAAUACAAAGUUCUACAAGUAUUAUUUGUCUUUCAAAGUACUGAUCUUGGUACUAGGAAUCGCAAGUGGAUGGAACUAUCGCCUAGAACUCGAAAAUGAAGAAAUAUUUACCACAUGCAAAAAACAAUCAGCAAACUUCAAGGAUAUUACAGACUUGCUAGAUUUCUCCCAAUUAACGAUUCAAGAGAUUGGUGAUAAAGUACAAGUAUCAGGAAAUGUUACGUCUAAAUGGAAUUACGAUCCAACCGAUCAUCUUGAAGCUUCAGUAACGGUGUUUCAUUUAGAUCGUCGAGAAUGGGUGAAUACCUUGAUAAGCAUGGUAUUUAAAGACGUCUGCAAAGUCUUGUAUGAUGAACACCAGGAAUGGUACAGGCAGUGGACCAAGCAUAUAGUAAACGCAAAUGACGUGAAGGAUAAAUGUCUUUUAAAUGGUACAAAAUUGAUUCAUGAAACAUUUACAAUGGAAAUGAUGCUAAACCUACCAAUAAUUGGUACUGAAGGACGACAUAAGUUGGCAAUCAUGAUAAAAGCUAUUGAUAAAAAUCAAAAGGUGCGCAAUCCAAUCUUAUGCACCGAAAUUAUUGCGGCCGCCAGACACGUAAAUUUGGCGGGCGCACGCAGACAUCCCGACGACGACGACGACGAUGAGAACGAGAACAAGAACGGGAAUGAGAACGAGAACGAGGAGUACAACACUAGGACGACUGCGACGGAGCGAGUGAGUAGAACGAUGACGACAUCCUUGCAUGAAUGA